AGUAGCCACAGGCAGGGAGUUAUAGGGGUGGGGAUAAAGGCUGUGGUGCCAGCCGUCCUGGACACUGAGGGACAGCAGUGACCAUGAGUGACUUCAAGCAAGUGCGGGUGCAGCAGCUGGACCCCCUGGAGGAGGAGCUGGCGGCCAGCAGCGCCAGAGGCUCCCUCAGCCACCACGCACUCCAGCCGCCCUCCAGAGCAGGCAGCUCUGCAGGGUGCCUGAGCUCCAGCUAUGCCCUCCUGGGGCUGCAGCUGCUCUCCCUCAUGGUCUUGGCUGGGCUCCUGGUGGCCGUCCUUGCCCAAGUCUCCAGGGUCCCCAGCUCCCAGGGACAGAAGGUGUGCCAGGAGCUGACCCAGCUGAAGGCAGGAGUCGACCGCCUGUGCCGCCCCUGCCCCUGGGACUGGACGUUCUUCCAAGGACACUGUUACUUCUUCUCCAAGUCCCAGCGGAACUGGCACGACUCCGUCACCGCCUGCCAGGAAGAGGGGGCCCAACUAGUCGUCAUCAACAGCGCUGAGGAGCAGAACUUCCUGCUGCAGAUUUCUAAGAAUAAAGGCAGCACCUGGAUGGGACUGUCAGACCUGAACGAGGAAGCCACAUGGCACUGGGUGGAUGGGUCACCUCUGUCACCCAGCCUCACGUACUGGAACGAAGGCGAGCCCAACAACGUGGGGGAGGAAGACUGUGCGGAGAUCACUGACAGCGGCUGGAAUGACGCCAAGUGUGACGCUGAGAAAUUCUGGGUCUGCAAGACCUCCUCCUCCUCCUGCCCCAACACCUGA